AACUACUUCGACCCGCAGCAGACGCAUCAUAUCAGUUGGACGACCGCACUCGCUAGAGCGACGUCGACCUGAAAGGGUUCAAAUCAAAUAUAACAAAAGUUCCGUUAGUGUUAUACAAAUAUUAUAGUAUCUGAAAUAUUAUUGUUUCAAUUGUGCUAAAAACGAUUUUGUGAAAUAGUUUUAUGUGAUUGUGACGGAAAUUUCUUUUAUUGCAUCAAAUAACGAUGCCUGGUCAGCGCUAAUAGUGUCAUCUGGACGUUAAAUUAUAAAAGUGUUUUAAAAACAUAACUAACUUUAGUAUAUGUAUUUAAUAAAGUAAUUGUUAUAGUGAAAUAAAUUUAUCAAAAAUGGAAGAAACCAAACAUCGAGCCAUUUUAUUGAACGUGCCAAAAACAAAACCUAUAGACAUCGACUUUCAGAACAUUACCUACACAGUGAAGCUUAAGAAAGAAAAUAAACAUGUCCUCAAAGGAGUUUCCGGAGUUUUUAAAUCCGGGCAAGUGUCUGCUCUCAUGGGUCCUUCCGGAGCAGGAAAAUCUACACUUCUCAAUGUUCUUACAGGAUAUAGGACUGAAGGAGUCACAGGCACGAUACGAACUUCUGGAUCUGAACAAGAAUUAAGAAAAAAAGGUUUAGGAUUAUAUGUUCCACCACAUUUUAGGAAGUUAUCCAGUUAUAUUAUGCAAGAUGAUCAACUAAAUCCUUUGUUCACUGUAAAUGAAAUCAUGAUGAUGGCUGCUCAGUUGAAACUUGGAGCUGGUCUCAGCACGAAAACUAAGCAGAUGCUGAUCCACGGCGUCCUUGAGACAAUCGGUCUGUCGGCGACCACGAAUACAAGGUGCGGGCGGCUGUCGGGAGGACAGAAGAAGAGGCUCUCGAUAGCGCUGGAACUGAUAGACAAUCCGCCGGUUCUGUUUUUGGACGAACCGACAUCAGGUUUAGACAGUUCCUCAUCUGCCCAAUGUCUAUCAAUGCUCAAAGAUCUGGCUCGAGGAGGAAGAACCGUCGUUUGCACUAUUCAUCAGCCCUCGGCUGCCCUUUUCUUGGAGAUGGACCAUGUGUACGUCUUGGCUGCUGGAACCUGCGUUUACAAGGGCGACAGUGCCAAUGUUGUACCUUUCCUGGGAAGUCUUGGCCUGCAUUGUCCGCAAUAUCACAAUCCUGCAGAUUACCUUCUUGAAGUGGCGAAUAAAGAAUAUGGAGACUUCACAGAACAAAUGAAUUUUGCUGCUCAAGACAAUAGUUGGCGUUCGGACGACGAUCCUGAAAAAUUGCAAAUGAUUUCCAUUGAAAGAGAAAACCACCAUAAUAAUAAUACUCUUAAGCCAAGUGAUAGUGAGGAAUUUGCUAAAACAAUGGUUUUAGUAGGACCUGCUUCGGAAUUUUGCAAAUUUUGGAUACUACUUCAGCGAUGUUUUGUUCAGCUAUAUAGAGAUUGGACUGUAACCCACCUAAAAGCAAUUAUUCACGUACUAGUUGCUGUAAUUUUGGGACUUUUAUAUGGUGAUUCAGGCUCAAAUGGUUUGAAGACAAUUAGUAAUGUUAGUUUGUAUUUGGUGUCACUAGUCUAUUUGUGUUACACAACUAUGAUGCCGGCAAUUUUAAAAUUACCUUCAGAAUUACCGGUAUUAAGAAAAGAAAGCUUCAAUAAUUGGUACAAGCUCAGGACAUAUUAUACAGCAUUUUUAGUAGCAAACAUUCCAGUACAAAUAAUGUUUUCUGUAUUAUUCUGUUCUGUUAGUUAUGUGAUGACAUAUCAACCAUUAGAAAUGUAUAGAUUUCUGAUGUAUGUUGCCAUUUGCGUCUUGGUUACCUUGGCAUCUGAUGGAAUAGGAAUAUUUUUAGGAUCUGUCACAGACCCAGUGAAUGGCACAUUUUUCGGUGCAAUUUUCACCUGUACAAUGCUGGUCUUUGCUGGAUUUUUAGUACAAUUUACUCAUAUGCCUAUAGUCUGGAGUUAUAUUUCGAAUAUCAGUUAUCUUAAAUUUGGCCUAGAAGGUCUAUUCAUAGCAGGUUACGGCUACGGAAGGGCCAACUUGCCUUGCCCAGAAGAUAUUUACUGUCACUUCAGGUCACCUAAGACUAUAACCAAAGAAUUGGAUAUGAAUUUGGACAAUUAUUGGGUAGACGUUGGUGUCCUGGCCGCCUUUUUUGUCGCCGUUAGAAUUGCAGGAUAUUGCACAUUAAAAAGAACAUUGAGAAACGGUUAAUUUAAAAAAAUCGUGUUUUUAUUAAACAUAAUUAUUUAUUUAUAAUUAAGGAUAAUAGAUAUGUGUUAGUG